CCUCCUCACUUACAAACGUUGCCAAGAUGAAGUUCGCACACAAGUCAUACCUGAAGCCAUUGCUCCAUGCUGCCAAAUACCCGACCACGGCUGUUAAUGGUGUUUUCUUGGCUGACAAGGGCUCGGACACCGUUGUGGAUGCGAUCCCUUUCUUUCAUUUCUGGAACACACUGACACCCAUGCUCGAGGUCGCCAUGACCCAGGUUGAUUUGCACUGCAAGGCGAACGGACUGAGGAUAGUCGGAUACUAUGAGGCCAACGAGAGGCUCGAGGACGAGGCAUUAUCACUGGUUGGCCAGAAGAUCGCGUCCCAGAUCCUCCAAGUUAUCCCGGAUGCGUUUGCUGUCGUGAUCAAGAACGGAAACAUUUCGACAGAAGAUAUCGCUUUCUUGCCAUACCAAUUCAAGGAGGGUCAAUGGCGUGCGAACAAAUCAGGAUUCACCACAAAGGGCGAUGCCUUUACACUGGAGGAUCCCUCGAGCCCUUCAUUGGCAGCCAAGGCAAUCCGUGAAGGUCUCUACAGCAAACUGGCGGAUUUCGAUAACCAUUUGGAGAACAUCAAGGAGGACUGGCUGACGAACAAGGAGAUCGUAUAAUGGAGGGGCAAUUGUAUGAAAAGAUUGUAGAACGACAAAUACAAUGUAUUCGAUAUAAAUAAAAACGGCAAUAGCCACUUGUCAUUGAGAG